AUGCCUUCUCGCAAGCCUUUAACCCCAGCACACCAACCGCCCACUCCGAGCGCCAACCGCCACGCAGUCCUGACGGGCCGCAUCGGCAAAAACCACGGCAGCAACGCCGACAAGGCAGGCAAGAAAUACCCCAAAUUCAUCGCGACCAUGCCCACAGGCAACAACAACAACAACAACCUCAACCUCACCACCGACCCCUCCCACCCGCACCCCCCUCACACCGGAACCAGAACCCCAAGCCGAGCCACCCGUUCCCCCCCCAACCUAAACCCCACAGCCCCCAUGAUGCACACCCCCACCCCCACCAUCACGACCCCUGCCCUGGGCCGCCCGCGCGGCAGCAGCAGCCUCGACGGCGGCAAUUUGGGGAUGGGUGGGGGGAGGAUGGGGCGGGGCACGGUGUUGGGGAGGCUUGGUGAUGAGGAGGAGUUUGAGGAGGAGUUUGAGGAGGAGCUCGAGGAUGGGGCCAGAGAGGAGAUCAGGAAGUUAAAGAAGAAGUCGGCUCGGGAGAUCGCGCGCGAGAGGAAAGAGAUGGACGAGUGGGCGGCCAAAGAACGAGCCAGGGCCAUGGCCAACCCGUACGCCGCCGCCGUCAUGGUUGUUCCCAACGCCAAGCCCAAGAAGAAGAUUGUUGUCGAUCUGACCGACGACGGCGAGUUCACCAGCAUGCCCCGCGGCCCGCCCGGUGGUAGUGCGGUGGGUGCCUAUGCCCCUAUCUUCAUCCUGGACGACGACGACGAAACCCCCCAGCCCAUCAAACGCAGCAAGCCCGCCAGUUUUAGCAACCCCCCCAAGCCGGCCAAGAUCACCAAGUUCGACGAGUUUGGUUUUGACGAUGAGAUGGACCUGGUCCGGCUCGCCGAGGAGGCCGCCAAUGAAGCCAACGACGACGGACUGAACCGCGAGGAGGAGUUGGUGCUUAUGGAACUGGCUGACAAGUUUUCGUCGCCCAUGCCCGCCAAGUGA